AUGUUUUACCUUGUUGACAAAGCACAAUUACAUAGUGGAAUCAAGAUUGCUUUCUCCUUAGUAUUAUUAGUUGACAUUCAAGCCAAAAGAAAAUCAGCAGAAAAGAAACCGUGCUCGAUCAAAUCAUCCCGUCAUCACUUUCAAGCACAACUUACUGAAGAAUCAGUGCCAUUAACCAGCUCUGCUGCUAAUACAGCACCGAAUUAUGGUAAAGAUGGUGGUCCAACAAAUGAUUCGCUCCCAUUGAAACAAACCAACACAACGAACAUUAUUAGCAUAAUAGUUGUUUUUCUCGUCAUUUUAGCCAUGUUGAUUGUCAUGUUCAUUUUGGUUCUCAAAUAUGCAGACAAAAAAGAUAUUACGACGACAACCACGGCAAUUAAAACAACAACAACGAUGACGACGACGACGACGACGGCGAUAACGACGGCGACGACGACAAAUAAGGUUACAACAACCCUCAAAUCGUUACCUCCAUCAGCUGGAGUGGCGGGAAUGUCGCAUUCGCUUUGGAAUUUGAUGGUUAUGUGCUGCGGUAUCAUUAUCAGCAUGAUUAUUUAA